AUGCAAGGAUCGUUCUUGAGCACUCCAUGCACCCAAGGCCACAGCCGCUAUGUGUGGGGACUACAAUCAUCCGAUCAAGACUUUGUCAUCUGGGAGGAUCCAAUGGCGGAUAAUGGAGGCUUCCCCUUCGUCAUGACGCCAAGGCUCUAUUCCGAGACCGAGGAGGAUAAGGAGAACACAUACGCAACUGUCUCAGACUACGAAUCCCCAACAGAUUCCGAGCAUCCUGCCAGAGUCGACUGGACUCGCAUUCAGACAGCGUCACGCGAUGUCUUUGGGCUUCCAAGAGAUCCAUCCUUUGGCCCGGAACUGGCCGACCUUUCCAUGACCCCUGCUCGAGUCGGCAAUUCAGUGCCCACAGUGACGGAAACAAGUAUCAGACCGGCAAUUAGAGUAAUGGAGAGGGACGAAGAUGAUCCGGAGGAUUGGGAUGACUCAUUAUCCACAGCCCAAAUUAGAGAGCUUCAGGAGUUGAGUGAUAUUUACCACCGUGGAGCAGAGAGCAGACGGCAGCAUGAUCGACACUUUCCCAUGCGCGAUGAGAAUGUUCAAGGUCAAGCAAAUAUUUUCCUCGAAGUGCGACGAGUCACUCAAUUUCAGAGACAUGAAAAUCGUCAGAGUCCAUUUGCAAUGGAUGAGGACGACUAG